AUGGAAAGUAUGGAUCCAGAAACCAAUCCUAUCUAUCAAUGGGAACCACUUAACCUUCGAAAGAACGAGUUUCGAAUCCUCAAGUUGCGUGAAAUUAUUCGCGAACAAGAAGGAGAGGUGGUGAGCGUUACAUUCCACAACGUACCCAUUAAUGGACACCCUCCAUAUAACGCGUUAUCCUACACUUGGGGGGACCAGCCACGCAGGAAGAAAAUCCUGCUCGGCGGAUGCCCUCACUCCAUCACCAAGAACCUCCAUCAAGCGCUGUGCGUGCUCCUGAACUGCGGGGUCCAGAACCUUUGGGUCGAUGCCCUGUGUAUUUCUUGA